AUGGUGAAACAAGUCAUAGUAUUGGGUUAUAUUGUCUCCAAGGACAAAAUCUCCGUCGACCCGGCUAAGAUCGAUGCCAUUUCGAGUUUACCUUACCCCUCUUCGGUGAGGGAGAUUCGUUCCUUUCUUGGUCAUGCAGGCUUUUAUCAUCGGUUCAUCAUGGACUUUAGCAAAGUCGCCUUACCCCUCUCCUGCCUACUACAAAAGGACGUGAAAUUUCAUUUCGAUGAAGAUUGCAAAAAGGCUUCUGAUAAGUUGAAGGAAGCACUAACAACAGCCCCUAAUGUGCGAGGCCAAAUUGGAAUCAACCUUUUGAGAUCAUGUGUGACGCCUCGAAUCACGCCGUAG